AUCUGGGUCUCUACGUAUAGCAGACUCGCAGUUUCCUCUCUCUCUCUCUCCCCCACCCCCUCUCUCUGGGGUUCUUCGAUUCCGGACGACUUCCAUGGUAAUUCGUAAUCGGAUGUGAGCUGUGGUGUUUUCAUAGAAGUUGCAGCUCAAUUCAUACAAUUUUCAUAAUUCUGCUGCUGCUUUGUGGGUGCACUCUUGAUUGAUAUAUUGACAUCUCAACAUGCCUAAGGAGAGAAGAGAUCGUUCGGUAUCUUUCGAUAAAUCGAGAGUGUCUCCUUUCCCUUGUAGCUCUAGUCGCUCAAAACGGUCAUUGUUGAGGAGCCCUUUGGAAGGUGAGGAGAAUGUUAAAGAAUGGGAGGAUGCUCGAUGCCCUGUUUGUAUGGAGCACCCUCACAAUGGAAUUCUACUCUUAUGUUCAUCCCAUGAUAAAGGCUGCCGCCCUUACAUGUGUGACACAAGCUAUCGCCACUCAAACUGUUUUGACCAGUUUCGGAAGUCAUUUUCAGAAAACUCGCCAAUAGUGUUGCCUCUGGAAGAAGAAACUCCAAUUUCAACUAUUCAUUCACCAUCCUUCACGGUGAUUUCAGAAGCAACUGUUACUGGUUUGCAAGGUGAAAGAAAUGAGGAAGGGUCCACAUCUGUGCACACCAUGUCUUGUGAGAACCCAGUGAAGCCAAAGCUGGUGUGCCCUCUUUGUCGUGGGCAGAUUAAUGGGUGGAUUGUAGUGGAGCCUGCUCGUCACUUCAUGAAUGCAAAAUCAAGAAGCUGUGCCUGUGAGACUUGUGAUUUUAGUGGCACAUAUACAGAUCUGAGGAAGCAUGCAAGGUUGUUGCACCCCCUUGUGCGGCCCUCAGAAGCAGACCCAGAGAGGCAGCGUAGCUGGAGGAGGUUGGAGCGGCAGAGGGAUCUUGGAGAUUUGCUUAGCACACUGCAAUCUUCUGUCGGAGAGGACAGGAGUGAGGAAAGCGUCUUAUCUUUUGAUGAAGGGGGUUGGCUUACUGUCUUUUUCCUAAUUCGAGUUUUCAGACCUGGGAGUAGUUCAAGUAGCAGUAGCUGGUCUGGUACCUCAAGAACCAGAGCCCGAGUGACUCUCAGGCAGAGAUCGACAAGAAGACUUUGGGGGGAGAGCUAUGAUGGGGAACCUGAAUCUGCUUCAAGAGAUGUAAACAACGAGUCUUUGGAUGGUGGGUCAGGUCCCCUGAGACGCCGACGCCGACGCCGAGUACUGCGACAAUUAACACCAGAUGAGGAGUGAUGUCCCAAAAUUCGUCACCGUGCUCGACGGUUCUACUUUGGAUGUUUCAAUUGUGGAACAGAGAGGAACAAAUGCAAGUCCUAUUGCUUUUACGCUAGAAUCUGGCCGGGUGUGACAUAGUUAAUGCUUGGAGUUGCAGAAUUAAGAACAUGAUAAGAAUCCAAAUUAUAAUUUCAUUUUUUCAUGAGUAAUAUUAUUCUGUAUACAUGUCUCUGGCUAAGCUUUCCAUCAAAUUGCCUUUUGGCUUUGCAAAGAUCUUGAAGUCUUCUCCUUGAAUUGAUUACAUUUAAAAGUAAAUCGUUGAUCUGGCUUUACGCCUGAUUUAUGUGCUUCAAGCGUUAAUCAUGCUUUACGUCCAUUUUAGCAGGCAAUAUAUACAGGUUGGGUUACUUGAAUGUGCACCUAUUGAUAGAGAAAUUUUGUAAGAAUAGCAUUAUUUGUUACCAUUUGGUCAUAGUGAAUAAGGAUUGAGCUGGUUUUUGGAUUCCGCUGAGAUGUAGUUGGAACUUUGAAG